AUGGCAGGUGGCACGACGGACGUGCACACAUCGAGAUUCGUGGCCGUUCGCCGAUCGUUGACACGGAGGCCCGGAGUGCUCGACUGCAUUAUCGUUGGCGUGCGAACAGAUUCAUCGGCGAUAAGAGGACGACCCCCCUUGGACGAGAAAGCCCAUCGACGAGGGUGCCCAUCAGCGAGCGAGUCGAUGUCGGGGGUUGGAGACUCGCGUGUUGGUGGCGGUGUACCGUCGACGGCGGGAAAGGGUUACGGGAGACUUCAGGGCGCACGUAAGAAUCCACGCGACGCCAUGCUCGUCGGUUGAGAGACUCGGCGACUCGGAGGCACGGCACAGAGAGAGAGAGAG